GCGCGAUAUACCGUCAAGCGAUUCCGUGUCGCGGCUUAAACAUUUACGACAGUCAUCGACGCUUGCCGUUACAAUUAAUUCCCACUAGAUGGGUGUCAGGUUGCGUCGAAACCAACGAACGUGGCCUGGUGGGCGAUUGGUUAGGAUGUCUGCCUCUCAGUUCUGAAGACUCGGAUUCAAAUGCAGCCUCGCCUGUAUAGAGUUUGGGUGCUCUCCCCCCGUUCUUGCACGGGUUUUCUCCUUGUACUCCGGACCCGCACGCCCCCGCCACCCCCCUCUCCUCCUGCUGCCGCUAACGCACAUUAGAGUACUGCAGCUUGCUCUUUUGUUCAGUAGCGCUCAGCUGCUGGAGAGGAGUCACACUCGGACGCCUCUCCCGUCUACGGAUAUACACCGAAAAACGAGUGUCCCUGUAUUUUUUUUUUCCCGCUCUGCACGCUUUUGCUGACUUUUUUUUUUUUUUUUUUUGGAUGCCUUGUGGCUCUCUCCCACUUGCAUCGCAUCCAAAGGCUCCGGGAAGACUGCGAGCAUCGGGCUGCAUUCCUUCAGACCAGACCUCACCUCUGCCGGAAGUGGCUGCAGUACAAAGCACAAUAAUCAACCAAGCGACGCUUCAUAUCCAUCCAUCCAUCUUCCAAGCCGCUUAUCCUCACAAGGGUCGCGGGAGUGCUGGAGACUAUCCAAACUAACAUCGGGCAAAAGGUGGACUACACCCUGAACUGGUCGCCAGUCAGUCACAGGCCUGGCAGAACGCGCGACGUGAUGUCUUCGUGUGGACCGGCCAAUCUGCUGCCCCUCCUGCUGCUGCUGCUGCUGCUGCUUCGCGCCGUCGCUCAGGGCUUAAGCAACGCUGACCUUGCAGUGAGCAUCCAUAAGGCAACAAAUCAGGGCAUAAGUGAGGAGCUGUCCAAGACGGUGGUCCUCCCCUGCUUCUUCACCCUGCCCCCUGGGGCCGCUCCAUCCCACGAGGCGCCCCGGGUCAAGUGGACAAAAGUGUGGGGCCAGCGGGGCUCGGACGGGUCCCAGAGGGAGCAGUCGGUCCUCGUGGCCAAAGACAACGUGGUCAAGGUGAAGAAGGCAUUCCAGGGUCGGGUAUCGCUGCCGGGUUACAGCGAGAACCGCUACAAUGCCAGUAUGGCUCUGAUGGGCUUGCGAUCCAGCGAUUCCGGCUUGUACCGCUGUGAGGUCGUGGUGGGCAUCAACGACGAACAAGACACGAUCCCACUGGUGGUCACAGGCGUCCUCUUUCAUUACCGCGCUCCCCCCGACCGUUACGCCCUGUCCUUUGCCGACGCCAAAAGGGUCUGCGCCGAGAACUCCGCGACCAUCGCCACGCCGGCUCAGCUGCAGGCCGCCUUUGCCGACGGCUACGAGAACUGUGACGCCGGGUGGCUGUCGGACCAGACCGUACGGUAUCCCAUCCAGUCGCCUCGGCCCGGUUGCUAUGGCGAUCGUGAUGACUCACCCGGCAUCCGUAACUAUGGCAAUAGGUUCCCGGACGAGCUGUUUGAUGUCUACUGCUUCGCCAGGCGACUACAAGGUGAAGUGUUUCACUCCACAGUGGUGGAGAAGCUGAAUCUGGCCACAGCCUCCACCCAUUGCCAUUCGCUGGGAGCCCAGCUGGCCACCGUGGGCCAGCUCUACCUGGCCUGGCAGGCCGGCCUGGACCGGUGCGACCCGGGUUGGCUGGCCGACGGGAGCGUGCGCUACCCCAUCAACGUCCCGCGGAAGAACUGCGGUGGGGACGAACCCGGCGUGCGCACGGUCUACAGCAACCCCAAUCGGACCGGCUUCCCCGACACCACGGCCGUGUUUGAUGCUUACUGUUACCGAGCCCAGCAACCUGUAGAUGUCUACACCACAGAGCCCCUCUCUUUGCUCCACACGUCAAACCCAGUUGCACGGGCUGACUCCUCACUCAGUGCCACCCAGCAAGCCUCCCCACUUCCCGAGACCCCCUCUUGGACCGACGCGGCGGACCUGAACGAAACCUCCGUGAACAACACCUCUGACAUUUCCGACGAGCACGCGGUCAUCCAUUUGAGGCCCGAGCUGGGUCGGGAUGUGCAAAAAGAUGCCGUCCCGACCAGCGGGUCCCACCCGCAGCACCCCGAUGACCCAAAAGACGGCAGUACGCCUGCGGAGCUACAGACCCAUGGAGGUUCUGCUCAAGAAGAAGAAGAAGAUCCUUCUUUUGAUACUUUCCCAUCAGUGGCCUCCAUCACUGCCAAGCCUCACACGAGCAAAAGCGUGCUUGCUGACAUUGUCAAUGCGCUGAUGACGCCCUUCAAGUACUGGACUGGGAAAGGAAUCGGGGACACCUCCGACAGGAACCAGACUUUCAGUUCCCAAGGCAGUGAAGACGAGGGCGGCAGCGACAACGCCAUUAUGGAGCGCGGGAGUGAUGCUUCUCCUUCCAGGCUUCUCCACGCGAGCAGAUUACAGAGUGCUGAGGAGGGUCUGUCGGAGCAGGAGAAAGAGGAGGAGCCGCUGGUUCCAGUUGCGCCUGCAGUCGAGAGCGCGGGGCAAAUUGAGGCCAAUACACAGCUGGAUGGCAAGUUUGCUGAUAAUGGAAUGACUGCACUGGGCCCUGAAAGCAAAUCAAGCCCCAGUGAACCGGUGAAGGUUCGCAAAGCAGGUCCGGCGUGGCCCAUCAAGUCUGUAGGGCACUUCAGAGGAGUCUUUCCCAAGAAUGUUGUCAGACAUCGCACUUGGGAGCCCCUGGAAGCCAAAUCGGGGUCCCUUGAGAUGAUAACGCUGCCCGACUCGUUUCAACAGGACACAUUGGAAAACUAUUCUGGUGAGGGUAGCCACCACGAUGGAGAUGAGGCACAAACAACUACUGAAACUGGGACUGAUCAAAAAAAGGAAGUAGAGGGGAGUAGUGAGGGGAACAGUUUUACUGGCAACUUUGUUAAUACUGUUCCCAGCAGUGAUGUCAACCUCAGUCCAGAAUCUGAGUCUUCACUCCACCAAAGCCAGAGUGAACCUGUCACAGUGGUUGAACACACUACUUUGUCUCGGUGGCAGCUCGUGGCGCAACCAACCACCACCACCACCACCUCACCUCAAACAGCCGAAGAGGUCAGGGGAGAGAUCAUCUAUGUCCACCGGCCGACUGACAACCUCUCUUCUGCUUUUUCAUCUUCUUUGUCACAAAGUGGAGAGAACGGUUCUAGUGGUGGUUUCACUCCCUUUCUUAAGAAGCAAAGGAAAGGUCUGGGCAGAAAGCCCGGUCGUGGUGCAGCCAAGGUAGUCACUUCCACGCAGGAGUCCUUAAUGGAUGUACUGACCACCACUGAGAUUACAACGGCCCAGGUUCUGACAACAAGAAACACUCCCAUCACAGAACCUGAAACCACAGCAACCACUAUUGAACUUUCCACCAAAAGCUCCUCUUCACAGGAACCAUCCAUCUCAUGGAUGGAGAAGACUACGAGCAACUUGGGGGGUGACUUCUCUGUGGAAUCAACAACAACCACCACCAGCCAGUUGACAAGCGUUAGGUCGGACGCAAAGGACAGUGUUACACAAAUGGAGUCCAGGUUGGCAGUGUCUGAGUCCUUUGUCUUUGGAAGUCAUUGGCCACCUUCUAAGGGCUACAUCCCGAAGUCAGAGGAACACAAGACUCCGGUGGUGACGGACAGCAAAGGCGUGAGAAACCCUUUUGGCAUCUUGGUACCCAACUGGGCUUUUGGGUUCAUCCCACCAGUGGAAAACAACCCUUGCCAAACCAACCCGUGCCUGCACGGAGGGAGCUGCUUGCAGGAGGGCGACGGCUAUAGCUGCUACUGCCCGCAGGGUUUCUCCGGGGAGAGCUGCGAAAUCGACAUCGAUGACUGCCAGUCGAACCCUUGCCGCAACGGAGGAACUUGCAUCGACGAGAUCAACUCCUUUGUGUGCCUGUGUCUGCCCAGCUACAGUGGCGCCACGUGCGAGAAAGACACGGAAGGCUGUGAGCACGCGUGGCGGAAGUUCCACGGCCACUGCUACCGCUACUUCAGCCGCCGGCACACGUGGGAGGACGCCGAGAAAGACUGCAGGGAGCAGAGCGGCCACCUGGCCAGCAUCCACAGCGUGGCCGAGCAGAACUUCAUCGGAGGUAUCAGUCACGACAACACCUGGAUCGGCUUAAAUGAUCGCACGGUGGAGGAUGACUUUCAGUGGACCGACAAGAUGGACCUGCAAUACGAGAACUGGCGCUCCAACCAGCCAGACAACUUCUUCGCAGGCGGUGAGGACUGCGUGGUGAUGAUCGCCCACGAGAACGCCAAAUGGAACGACGUGCCGUGCAACUACAACCUGCCCUACGUCUGCAAGAAGGGAACAGUGUUAUGCGGAGCCCCUCCUCAGGUGGAUAACGCCUUCGUGGUUGGCCGGAAGCGCUCUCACUACGACAUUCACUCCACCGUGCGCUACCAGUGUGCCGACGGCUUCCGGCAGCGUCACGUGCCGACAGUCAAGUGUCGCGCCAAUGGAAAGUGGGACGAGCCAAAAAUCAUCUGCACAAAAUCCGCCCGACGGGCCCACCGGUACCGGCGCAACCACCACAACCACCACCACAAGGGCAGACGGGAGCGCAGGAAGCACAAGCGACACGGCCACCGAGACGGCGGGCACCACGGCGCCGACCAGGCCCUUAAGCCAGGCCCCUUCUGAACCAAAAGAGCAAAAAAAAAAAAAAAAAAAAAAAAACAACAACAACAUUAUCCCUUCUUCUUCUUUUCCACCUCCUGUCAUUCCUUCAUUCCUCUUUUCCCUUUUUAUUUAUGAACCCCCUGCACCCCCUUCCUACACUUUGGAGUCCCCCCUGUAUCAUAGGAAAUUAUGGGACAAUAGCCAAGACGAUAGCCGAUCACUUUGUAUCCCCCUUUUGUGUUCCUUUUUUCCCGGUUUUCUUGUCCUGUUCACACUCCGUGCUUGAGUACAAUUUGUAAAUAGCAUCGUUUUGGGUUAUUUUUUUAUCAUGACUUUCUCGUUUUAUUUGGUUGGUGUUUUCUUGUGUGUCAGUAUUCAUUCCGUGUGUUUGGAGGUUUUAUCGGAGCCGUGACGGAGGUGGGAAAAGUGCCGGAUAUUUUUUUGUUUUUUUUCUGACAAAGACUCACCAUGACAAGCCAGGCUAAAUUUAGCUCCUCUCUGAGAUAGAAAGUGUGUCCCUCCAUCAAGAUAUAUCACCAUAAGUACUUCAUUGCUCCCUCACGUGUUUGCGUCCUAUCCUAUCCUAGCCCUAUCCUCACAAUUUGCUGUUUUUGUGCUCAGGCCAAAGCCCUGCAUCGUAUUCAAGUCUUGUAUUACAUCUUGUGGCAUCAUGUUCCAAGGAACUAUGUUGAAGUGAUUUGAUGAUCUUGAUGUUUUACGUUAUGGCCGUCUUGUGGCGCCUGUAGGCAAUUAUAAAGGGAUGCAGGUUUUCGCAGCAGGGCCCAAUCGUGAGCGCUGCACUAAUUUUCCUGUGCGUAAGCGCCAUCUUGUGGCAUUUUAGGGCAUUUCAGAAGGGACAAAAAUAUUUUCAACAGAACAGCAAAAAAAGGAAUAGAGGAAAUUUUUAAAUAGCAAACAGCAAAAAUGCAAACCCUUUCACAGUUUCCGUAAAAGCCAGA